AAUUCAAUGCUAAAAGCACGAAUUGAAACAUCCGUAUCUUUAUUUCACCUUCAACCUUGAGAAAUGGCUCGUACCAAGCAAACUGCUCGAAAGUCUACUGGAGGAAAAGCUCCACGCAAACAGCUUGCCACCAAAGCUGCAAGAAAGAGCGCUCCUGCUACAGGAGGCGUUAAGAAGCCUCAUCGUUACCGACCUGGUACAGUAGCUCUGCGAGAAAUCCGUCGAUACCAGAAGUCGACUGAACUGCUGAUCCGCAAGUUGCCUUUCCAACGUCUUGUUCGUGAAAUCGCCCAAGAUUUCAAGACCGAUCUUCGAUUCCAGAGCAGUGCAGUGAUGGCGCUACAAGAAGCGAGCGAAGCUUACUUGGUCGGUCUUUUUGAAGACACGAAUCUUUGCGCCAUCCACGCAAAGCGAGUCACCAUCAUGCCCAAGGAUAUUCAACUUGCACGGCGCAUUCGUGGAGAGCGAGCUUAAACUGACCUUCGACCAGCAACCCAAAACGGCUCUUUUCAGAGCCACCUAUUUAUACAAAGAGAUGAAGUACCUACUAAAAAAUAAACCUAAAAUACGCGUCGCUACUUAAUUUAUUUUUUUUACUAUAGUUAAUAUAAACAUGUAAGUAAACCGACUCCUAUUUUUACCACAUACAUCAACAUAGUUUUUCUAUAUCAAAGAAAUCAUCCACAUAUACCACACAUGCAUAAAGUUAGGUUUUAUCAAAUAAACCAUGUUCUGGCUUGCUUUUA